AUGGCGCAGCUGGCGGCGAACGCGUACCGGUGGUCGUUCGCGCCCGUGAAGGAGGUGGCGGGGUGGCGGCUGGCGGAGAAAGUUCCGCCCGUUGCGCCGAUCGACGGCGGCAUGCACGCGCUCGUGUUCGAGGAGGACACGCCAUGCAACGAGGCAGGGCGCGGUUCAGAGGGCAGCGCAGCAGCCGAGGGAGAUGCAGCAUCAAGAGAGGGGACGUUGUCAGGCGGGGGCCCAAUGACAGGCGGAGCAGGAGGUGAUGUUUCUCCACAGUCCCCGCCAUCAACAGUGCCCUCCUCUCUUGCACCCUCCGCCUCUUCCUCCGCCUCUCCCCCGUCUCCCCGCAUCGUCAUUGCCUUCCGAGGCUCCCUCCUCGCCAACUUCACGCCCCACCCGCCUCCUCCCCCUCCUCCGCAUCCGCCCUCUCCCUCCCCCUCCCCGCCGUACCCCUCCCCCGAGCAGCAGCAGCGGCAGCAGCAGGCGGACCUGUGCGCGGAUUACCUGCUGUGGGGGGACCCCUCCGCGCCCCCCCCUGCCUUCUGCGCGCUCUUCCCCCCCGCCACCCUUGACUACUACUCCCAGGCACUGGCGCUCGUGGGGAAGGUGCUCUCUGAAUAUGGUCACAACUCCCCUGUUCUCCUCACAGGUCACAGUCUAGGAGGAGGCCUGGCGGUUCUUGCCUCUGCUGCUUUCUCCUCUGCCCCGAUUCCCCUCUCUGCUACUCCCCCUCUCUCCUCCCCUGAUCACACUACCACCUCUGCUGAUGAUGAUGAGGACGCUCUAUUCUCGGGGUCUCUUGUGCUGCCGGUGCUUGCCUUUUCGGCAGUUGGAGCACGCAGUGCAGCACAGCGGCGGCAUCUGACCUUUGCUGCAGAGCACAGUCACCUGGCGUACAGCAUUGCUGAUGUCUGGGACCCGCUCAUUCAGCUGGCGCCCCACCAGCAGCUCGGCGCGCUCUGCCUCUACCGCUCCCCAGAGCCCCUUCCCUGCCUCGCCUGCUACGGCAAUGGCUCCCUGUCCUCCUCCACACGCAGCAAUGUUGAUGUUCAUGUUGGCGAUGGCAAUGGUGCUGAUUCUGCUCAUGAUGAAGAGGAGGGCAAGUCCGCCUCUGUUUCCUCACAUUUAGGUCUCUCUUCCAACCUUCCCACCGCACCUCACCCCUCCCAGCAGCACUCCAGCCUCUUCCACUUCCUAGAAUCAACCUCCGCUGUGCACAACCCACUGCUUCCUCCGAACCCGCCUAUGCACCAGCAAAACCAGGGAGCAGUAGCCACGGCAACGAGUGGCAGUAAUGGCAGUGCAAGCACUGAUUUCCAGCAGAAGCCGUCGACUGUGUUGCGCCACGUGGCGCUUCUCCAUACGUCCGCUACCGCGCUCGUUACAAGUGGCGGCGGCGAUCCCAGGGGAAGCAGUGAGGGCGCGUCUGGGACAGGUGCAUCCGCUGACCCUCACACCUCCCCUGCCGGAGGAGCUGCUGGGUCGCAGGGGGGCCGUGACGCGCACAACACGCACGCUUCUGCCUCUUCUGCCGCCAGCGGUUCUGCAGGGACCAGCAGCAGCAGCAGCAGCAGCAGCAGCAGCAGCAGCAGUGGCGAGGAUGGAUACGCGGUGAAGGCUGCAGUUCUGCAAGCUGCGCUGACUCAUGUGCCCACGCUAGGGUGGAGCAGUGCGGCGCUGAUAGCAGGCGCCAGGGACAACGGCAUCUCGCCCUCCGUGCUGGGAAUGCUGCCCCGGGGGGAGGCGCACCUGGUGGAGUUCUUCAUGGACCGGUGUCGCAGGCAGUUUGAGGCGGAGUUCCCCCACACACCCAUCGCCGUCGCCACUGCUGCUCCUGGUCACACCCCCCACAGCCACAGCAGCAGCAGCAGUGGAGGGCAGGCGUGUGGGGGCAGGUACGAGGAGGGGGACUCGUUGGCGCUGCAGAGUCGCAUGGCAGCGGCCAUUCGCACGCGCCUGCGCCUGCAGGCGCCCUACACGUCCUCGUGGGCGCAGGCGCUGGCCAUCCAGGCGUGGCCGUCCAAUGCAUGCGAGGCGUUGCAGCAGCGGCGGCAGCUGGCAGCGAGCAUGUGGAGUGCGGUGGGCGUGAGGUGCAGCGAUGCACAGCUGCUGGCAUACCGUGUGCUGCUCGGCUCCGCUUAUGCUGCCGCUGAGGUUCACAUGCUCACUGACUUCUCGCCAGACUUCCAUGACACGUGGCGGUUUGUGGACCGUGAGAUGGAGGCAGCGUUUCAGAUACAGGGAUCAGCAGACAGACUCAUGGCCCAAGCAUGUGACAGCAUACCAGCCAUCAAGACCGUUCUUUCCAUCCUCUCCAAAUCGCCCUCCACUCGCCAGGCAUAA